GCAGUAAAUCAGUUAUGAUAUCAAAUGAGUUUUGAUUAUCAAUUAAAACUGCUCAUAAAUCAAGCAAUUUAGCAUUAUAAAAUCUGCUAAAUAACAUUGUUACUUGAAGCUUGAUUUAAAUGUUACAGGUUUAUGCUUCCCUUGGUAAAAUAGCAUAUAUUGAGGGGGAGCCAUGUGACAUUUUGAAAGGGGGAGAAAUUCAAAUCAAAGGGAGUAUUACCUACUCAAUUUUUAAUUUCUUUCCAUUUCAAUUUUAAUAAUGUUUGUCAUCAAGGGGGAGAUUGAUGAGUUUGGAAAACUCUAAAAAUAAUACUUGUGAUGACUAAAAUAUUAUUAAAAUAAAUAAUUGCAAAAUUAUUAAUCUGACUUUCAUUUAACAUUUUUGAUUAAUAAUUUUGUUGCAGAUUUUAUGUUGGGCCGAGAAAGGAGUUUCUGACUUAAGCCCAACAAUUAGCCUUGAUGCAUGCAUUAUAUCAUGAGGCUGAAAUUUUAUAUUAAUGGGCCAGAAUAAAUAAUAAUGUUGCAGGCCCAAUGCUCUAUUGUUUGCUUUCCAUGCUUGAUCCGUUACACAAUUUUAUCAGGAAAGCAAAUGCUUAUUAAAUGGGCCGGCUUUGAUCAUUUUGUCACAAGCCCAAAAUCAUACUAAAGAGAAUAGCUUCCAUGCUUGGUCCGAAAUAAAAGAAAAAUGAAAGCAUAAUGCUUCCAACGGAACCAAGCUUUAACAAAGUGAUGGAUUUCAAAAUCUAUUACAUUGUUAAUUAAUGCAUGGGGAACAUGAGAGAGAAAAUACAGCUGAAUUGAUUGAUGGGUGUUAUGUCAAACACGCCACUCUAUGCUAAGGGAAGUAAAAGCAAGCUAUGCCUAAUUAAUUGUUUAACUUCUUUGCAUUACUUUUCUUCUCUUCAGAUUUCUUUCAUUCUCUCUCAUCUCUUUCUUCUUCUCUAUUCGGUCCUUGUCCAGGAAACAAUGGAGGCCGUGCUCUUCAACGAAGAAAAGGAAAGAGAAGCAUGCAUCAAGACCAUCAAGCUAAUGAUGGCAAGAAAACAUACCAAAAGAAAGAUGAGCUGUGGCUAGGAUGCUUACCAAAUAUGGUUAGAUUUGGUGAAGCAAUCUUGAGCCUUUCAUGCUCAAAAUGGAAGAAGAAGAUUCGGCCAGCUAAGGGAGAUUCUUGGAGCAUGGCUUGUCUUCGAAUCUGACCAACCACCACAGGGAGUAGCUAGAGUGGCGAAGUGAUGGUUGGAGGCAGAGUUUGAAGCAGAUGAAGUCAUCAUCAUCAUGAGGCAUCAAGGGCCAGAAAUCCAUCUUGGAGAGCAAGCCAAGGAUGGAGAGCCCGGAUUGAUGAAGGUUGAUGAUCAAGAAAGGACUAGAGGUAAUUGCAUGUUGGUUAAUGCAUGGUUAUCUCUUCUCUCUCUGUGUGGCCGAACCGGUUUGUUGAAGGAGGAAGAAAGUUGGUUCGGUUUUGGCUUCAAGUGUGGAGGCUUUCCUGUUUCUUUAAAAAGGGGGAACAACCACUGUUUGAAGUAAGGAGAAAAUUUGAGAGUGCAAGGCACAGAGUUCUCAGAGCUACCUGAGCUAACAGAUUUCUCUUCUCCUUCAAUGUAUUCUGUUUAGUAUUUUUCUGUUUAAUUUUGUCAUGUCUUGAGUCUCAUGGUAAAAGGCAAACAGUGAGGUUUGUAAUGAAAAAGCCAUAGAGCGGAAAAAGGCAGAAAGUGCAAAAUUAAGAGAAAAAGCCAUAGAUGUCUUAGAGGUCCUUUGUUCAUCUAUGUUGUGUAUCAUGAUUCUGUUGGAAUCCCCUUGUAAGUUGGGUUAGCACUUUACAAGUUGUAAUCUGGUUGAUUAUAGUGAAAUUCCAUCAUGUUUGUGAUGGAGACUGGAUGUAGGCUGCACUGCACUUAGCAGCCGAACCAGGAUAUAUCUGGGUGCAAGUUCUUUCUCUUUCUACUCCAUUUCUGUUUUCUGCCACACACGAGCAAAAGCUAGAAUUAUCUCGUGCCAAGUGACGAGACGAAACAAAAAGUCUCGUGGCAAGGGACGAGACAAAACUGAGUUGCUCGUAUCCAGUGACGAGCAAGAAACAGAAAAGUCUCUUCAGAAGGACAGCAAGUGUUAGCCUCGGAAAAAGGGGGCUAAGAUUCAACCCCCCCUCUCUUAGCCACUGAAACCAUCAAUAAUUUAUAUUGUUAUUUGUUAUAAUAUCUUCUAAGGUAAAGGAUAUUUCCAAGAUGGAAAUUUUGAUUCUGAAUUGGAGACACACUGAAGCUUUAAGUUCAUGGUUGACAAAAUUGAAUAACGAAAAUCUUGAGAGUUUGAAUGAACUUGUCCUUGUUGUUGAUGAUGGGAAGAGUAACUGUAAUGUGGCGGUUAAAUUAUUUGAGAAGACACCCAAGUUGGAAACACUGAAAGUAAUAGGCCUUUACUGUGAUGAAAUCCUCAAAAAUAUAUUUCCCUCCCAUGAUAAAGCUACUAAUAAGGAGAUUCUUGGAAACUUAAAAGAAUUGUACCUAUUCAACUUAGAUGAGUUGAAAUCCAUGAGUGGGGUAGAAUACUUGUCAAAUCAGCUGCGUCUAUUACGUGUUUCUUAUUGUCCAAAAUUGACAACAAUAGUGCUACAAUCUCCCUCCUUUCUAAAAGAACUGCACAUAGGAGCAUGUGAUGCAAUGCUGCGUCUAUUCAUAUCUUCAACAGCGAAAAUGCUAAUACACCUUGAGGAGUUGCAAGUUGAGAAGUGCAGAUCUUUGAAAGAAAUCGUGGGGGAAGAACAGCAGAGUGCUAUGACGGAAGACGAAGUUAUUGAAUUUGAGCAGCUAGAGAGGAUAAUCCUUCGAUCUUUGGAAAGCCUGGAAUGCUUUUAUUCAGGGAAUGCCACUUUGAAGUUGCCCUCUCUCAUUCAACUGGACAUAGUGGAUUGCUCCAAGAUGAAAGUUUUCUCUCAUGGAAAUGUCGGCGUUUCUAGAAGCAUUCAAGUUUCUUACAACGACUCAAGUGAUGAUUUUGUCUUCCUCCGUGAUCUUAAUAAUGCCGCUCUAGUAGUAUUGCAGUCUCUAAGUCAGGAAAAUGACAAAGCUCAAAAGCAAAGGCAGCAGCUCCAGGAGGACAAAGAAAGAUCUUAGCAAGGUAACCUGUUUCAAUUGCAAGGAAAUGGGUCAUUUCAAAUCUGAUUGUCCCAAGUUGAAAAAGGAAGAGAAGCCGAAAAAGGUGAAGAAGAAGGGACUGAUGGCCACAUGGGAAGAUUUGGAAAAUGACUCAAAUGAUGAUGAUGAAGAGUCUGAGACCAAAUCACAGCACUGUCUUAUGGCAAAUGAGAUAGAUCAGGUAUCAUUUCAAAACUCUAACACUGAAGAUCUUCAUCUCAUGAUAGAUCACCUUUCUGAAAAAAUUAGAUGUUUUUUAGCUGAGAAUCAAGAUCUUGAACAGCAAAAUUUCAUUCUUAAAGCUGAAAAUGAUUUCCUCAAAGAAAAACUAAGAGAGGCCGAAACCGCUUGUGAUCUUGUGGAAGAAAACAAGCAGUUAAAAGCCCAAGUUAGAAGCUGUGAAAGUGAUCAUUCUGUUCUUGCAUAUGUGAAUUAUUUUAAACAAAAUGA